AUGGCCGAUCAAUCAUCAGUCAAAUUCACAUCCUUGGGCGCAAUCAUCCAAGAGCUCAACGUGGAUGGCCAAAACAUCGUCCUGGGAUUUAAUAAGAAGGAAUCUACGAGAGAUAUAACACCCCUUGAAUAUGAACUUGAGAAGAACGAUGACCCUAACACGUUGCAUGGAGGUAGCCGUGGAUGGGGCAGGCGGGACUUUGAGGGACCGACUUUACUGCAGCGAAACGGCAAAGACACCUUGCUUUAUACCUAUACGAGUCCCCAUCUGGACGGAGGAUACCCCGGCACGGUAGGAUUCAAAGUCUUCUAUACCGCAAGCAAAGAAGACAACCGCUCAGUGCUUUCGAUCGAGUAUGAGGUUGAAUUGGUGGGUGAUGAGUGCAACGAGACGGUUGUCAACGUGACCAACCAUAGUUAUUUCAACCUCACCGGCGGCGAGACCUUUGAUGGCACCUCAGCUAAGCUCUUGACUCAACACUAUCUGCCGCUCGAUAAUACUGGCAUCCCGUUUGGUAGGAUCGACGUACAUCCCAGUAAAGUUACUGAGCCAUUCACGAUCGGGCCGAAUAAGGAAGCGUUUGAUGAUGUCUUUGUUAUGGAUCGAGAUGUCGCUGGGAUCCCGUUGGACACGCGUGAGAGACCGCUCCAGCUGCUCGCAGAGUUCCACCACCCAGAGUCGCGUAUCAAUCUACAGGUACACAGCACUGAGCCUGCGUUUCAGUUUUAUACCGGCCAAGGAACCAAUGUACCUGCGGUUGACGGCAACCCGAGUCGAGGCCCGUUCUCCGGCUUCUGCAUCGAACCCAGUCGUUUUGUCAAUGCGAUCAACGAACCAGAUUGGCGGCACAUGGUUGUUUUGAAGAAGGGCGACAAGUAUGGAAGCAAGAUCGUGUAUAAGACUUGGAAAGACCCGCAAUGA